AUGUCUGAGGCUGCCGCCAUUAAGGAAGAAAUUCUAGCGCUUACCGCGCAGCAUGUGGAACGGCUGCAUGCCACGUGGUGCCACAUGUUUCAUUCGCAGACUUGCGUGAAAUAUCUGCACAGAUUGAAGCAGCACGCGGAGGCUUUGUACAGCGAUCUGCUGGAGGAGUCGGAGGACAAACAGGCACUCAUCCAUCGAGACAUUGCCGCGCUGCAGGAGGAGGAAGUGCAGCUGCUGGGCCAACUCUAUGGCGGCGAUGCUGUGGAAGAGCGACCCGAGAAUGUGCCACUGAUUGUGUGGCAGCUGCAGCUGGAACAUACCGUCGAGCAGCUGCGCGAGGAGCUGCCAAAGAGGCGCGCGGAAGUGCAGGAGUUGCAGCUGCAGCAGGAGGCACUCUGUGGGGAGUUGGGCGAGCAGCCACUGCCGCUGCUGUUGGAACCGCUGCCACUGCCUCAAGAGCUGACUGCAUUCCGGCAGCAUCUCGGUCAACUUAGCUCUGAGCGUGUGGCACGCACUAAAGUCAUGAAGGAGCUGCGACAAUCCAUCGAACAGCAACUGCAGCAGCUCGAGAAUGAUGCGGCAGAGCGGCGUUUGUUGAGCGAAAUAAAGGAGGAUCUUACCCCAGAGACCUUUGAGCGGCUGCGGGCGUUGCAGCAAAGAUUGGCCAAACAGUGGCAGGAGUUGCGGGAAGACAUCGAUGCCACACGCGAGAAGAUCCUGGGGCUGUGGCAACGCCUUGAGGAGACAGAUGAAGCCAGGAUGCAACUUGUGCGCGAUGCCACGGAGUACACCCAAAGCACCCGCCGAGUGCUGCAAGAGGAGCUGCAACGCUGCCAGCUGCUGUUCCAUGGCAAACUCAAGACCAUCAUCCAGCACCUGCGUGUGCAAAUAAAUGAAUGGUGGGAUCGCACGCUGAAGAGUCGCCAGGAGCGACUGCGCUUUGCCAGCUACUACACGGACUGGUACAACGAGGAGCUGCUCGAGCUCCACGAACUGCAGCUGGAGGAUCUUAAAUUGUACUACGAAAACCACAAGGAAAUCUUUGAGCUGUACGCCAGUCGUGCGGCACUCUUGGCACGGCUGGAGGAGCUGGGUGCCAAGUCGAAGGAUCCCACGCGGCUUCAGAAUCGCGGCGGGCAGUUGCUCAAAGAGGAGCGGGAGCGCAGGGAUAUUGCCUGCAAGUUGCCCAAAAUAGAGCUGCAAAUCACGGAGCUGGUGCGGGUCCAUGAGGCAAAGUGCUUUGGUCCCUUUUUGGUGCAAGGCGAGAACAUAUUGCAGCUGAUGGGCAGGGAGCGGAGGCAUAAUUCUGCGCUUAAGAAGACGCCAUGCUCGAAGCUGAGAUCUCAACCCACUGCUGCCACUGUGCAGUCCCAAUUGGGCUCACAACCUGCACAAACUAGCCUCAGAAUGGGCACUUCCAAGGGGGCCAACUCCACACAGCAGCAGCGGUGGCUGCGAGCCCCUGGCACACACCCAAAAAAGAAGCUGCAGGACUCCUCUAAGCUUGUGACGAAUGAAAACGAAAACGUUCCGGAGGACUCCUUCAAGCAGUUUACGCCUUCGAGUCGCUCCUCGCUGCUGCCACAGCAGGUGGGUGGCAGCAAACCGCUGAAUCUACCCACGCCACGUGCCAGUCGCAUGUGGCUGAAGCGCCCCAAAGAUUAA